ACGAGACGCUGUGCAGGCGCUUUACAGAUUGUCAGCUACGACUAAGAAGAAAGUUUUUUUGUUUUUUCCAUUGUUUUUUAAAAUAUACAGCUUUAGACCUUUAAGUAAGGGACAUUAUACAAGCGCUGUUAUUAUACAAACGUAUUUUCGAUCAAUUAAAUUGUGAGAGUCAUUACAUUUCGUAGCGUUACUACUCUUUGUCCAGCAAUAACUAGCAUUCACAGAAGCUUGGCCUCCAAACUUGACAGAGCAAAAGGGGGAGGAAGCUCUAUGAAGUUGUUAAAAGUAAAAAAAGAAAAAAGAAAGAAGCUGAAUUAAUCGUCCAAAACCUGAAGUGUGUUGAUAGACAUCAUGUCAGAUGCUGAAGCUAAGGAACACGAGCCUCUCAGAAGCUGUAGAGCGGAAGAAGAACAAGUGCAGGAAAAAGGACCAGCAGGUAAUAAUGACGAGGAACAGAGGAUGAGGAGCGAUGAAGCCGAGGAGAGAGGAGGUGUCAGCAGAGAGGAAACAGAGACUGACACACUUAGGAUGACCCGGCAGUCUCGAGUCUACACUGCAACCAGAGACACACUUUUCCCAAAGGAGAUAACUCAUACUAGGACACAUGCAUUAUCUUUAGAGAGGGUAUUUGGGAUGAAUCCUGCUCUUCCUGUCUUCAGUCUUCAAGACCACGAUCAGCUGGUGAUCCUCUACGCCGGAGCUCACUUUGGGAUCAUUUACAAUCACACCACAAAUUCCCAGCACAUACUUCAGGGUCACUGCCGCCCCAUGUCGAGUAUGUGUGUGAGUGAGGACAGACGCUGGGUUGCAACUGCAGAUGAGGGGCCGAAAAGCACGGUGAUGAUAUGGGACUCCUACUCUGGUAUUCCUGUGCAAUCAUUGUUUGAUUGCCACCUUAAUGGAGGCGUCAUUGGGAUGGCAUUUUCAGGAGACACGAAACAUCUGGUGACCCUCGGGGCUGAAGAAGUUCAAUGUGUGUGUAUUUGGGAUUGGGCAAAUGAAACAGAAAGACCUUUGUGGUUUACAGAAAUCCAUCCAAAAUAUGGUUUUCAAGAAUAUAUCAUUUUUAAUCCGAACGAUCGCACCCAGCUGCUCAGCAACAGUGAAACCCAGGUGUUAUUUUACAGCAGUGCCCAGGGGAGUCUGCAAUACACAGCCCUGGAGGUUAAGAUGUUCUCUGAAGCAGCCACCACUCAGUCUUCUCCCAACUCUUCUAAAACUGUCAAGAUGGCUGGUGGGUUCCUCACUCGGUCUGUGUUUCACUGGAGAGAGCCUCGGGUCCUUACAGCCACUGCAGCAGGCAGCCUUGUGGUGUGGGACGUGCUGGAAGACUUAGCUGCAAACCAGUGCCUCCCUCAGAACAGAGUCAAGAUCCUUAAGCAACAGGAACAUCCGAUCACUGUUGUUACUGUGACUGACAGCUGUUACGUAACUGGCGACACUCAAGGCCAUAUCAAGUUUUAUGAUGAAAAAUUCACGCUUCUCACUUUCUACACUGAGUUCAACCUGGAUGCUAUUGUUUCCAUUUCCUUUUCCAAAGAGUGUACAGAGGGCUAUCUGGAGGACUGCACUCUGGAGGCCAAACCAUUAAUUAUCAGGAACUUUGUUGUGUCCACUGUCAGUUCCAAAGUAGUGCAUGUGAAUCCACAGAGAGACAGCCCUCAGAUCCUGCUGAAUGAGGACUGUGACCCUCUUCAUGCUGUGGCCUGCCACCCCAAACAGCCAGCUGUGGCCAUGGGCAAUCAUGUGGGCGUUUUGAAAGUGUGGGACUAUAACAAUAAAGAGAUCAUCUGCAAAAGGGUUUUUGAGACAGAGAAGCAGAUUCAGUGUAUCACUUUUGACCCUCAAGGAUUAUACCUGGCAGUUGGCUUUGGUAGUGGCGCUGUCCACAUACUGAAUCCAAGCACUUUACAAAGUGAUCCCAAGGAGUGUUUCCAGUACACUACAGACAGCAUCCAUCACAUCACCUUCUCCUCAGACUCAAAGUAUCUUGCCACUGCGGAUGCUGGAAAAGCAGUGUCGGUGUUCCGCUUGCAGACUGAUGAAGGCUCUUUACCUCGCUGGACGUAUCUGGGCAGAUACCGCUCCCACUACAAACCCAUUACAGACCUUCUUUUUGGGGUUCACCUGGACAGCACCCAACCCAGACUGCUCUCUCUGGGAAUGGACCGCCGUCUGGUGGAGUACGACUUGGAAAAAAGUGAUGUGAACCAGCUCCUCAUCUUAAGCUCAGAGCGCAUUGAGCAAAGUGCCGUGCCAGUGUGCAUGACUUGGUAUCCUCCCCUGACGGCAGAGCAGUUUCUUCUCAUAGCCUCAGACCAGUACAAGAUGAAGCUUUUCAACAGCACGACCAAGAUGUGCAGAAAGACUCUCCUUGGCCCAACAUAUGGCUCUCCCAUAAAGCAACUAGUGGUUCUUCCCAUGAUUAAAGAACCAGAGACAAACUCAUAUUACCUGGCAUACAUCACAGAGGACAAGCUGGGUCUCCAGAUUUUGCCUCUGGAUGGGAACCCCUACAAGUCCAACGCUUUAAUCUGCCAUCCGACAGGGGUGUCUACUUUUGCCUGCUCCUACGACAGCCGAUUUGUUUUCACUGCAGGAGGACCUGACUGCACUGUCCUGUCAUGGAAGAUAAGCGUAAAUGCCUUGGAGGCAGCAGCCUCCCUGGGAGGAAAGGACCUGGUGCCUUUUUACACUCUUUUAGAGGGAGGGAGAGACGGCAAGUUCUACAAGGAGAUUGAGGACCUUUUCUAUUACUGCCAAAUUCGUCAUCAAGGCACCGACUCAAUGGAGAAACGUAAAGUGUCUACCAAAAUUCCCCUGUCAGAGGUUUCCUCUCUGAUGAGAGCUUUGGCCUGCUUCCCUACCGAACAAGAGAUAGAAGACAUGCAAAAUGAGGUCAAGUUCAGCAAAUAUGCCGAAACGGGAAAAUAUGUGACUGACAUCGACCUGGAAGAGUUCAUCAAGCUGUAUGUCAACCAUCGGCCAGUCUUCGGCAUCUCUAGCAAUGAGCUCAUUCAAGCUUUUCACGUCCUUGGUAGCUGUGAGAGUACAGCACAGCCUGUUCUCCAGAGACAUGAGCUGCUGGAGCUUCUACAGGCUCGAGGGGAGCACAUGACAGAAGAGGAGGUGGCAGAGUGUUUCACUACACUUUUAGGUCUCAAUGACGAGGAAGAAGGAGGAGGAGGUGGGGAAUGUUCUGAGCAUGACAUUUACAAAGCUGAUGGUGCCGACUCAGGAUAUUCUUUGGAGCUUGCGAUCCCAGAUGAGAUAUCAAUGGAGACAUUUACAGGUCACAUCCUGGGCUUCCCAUCAACAUCGGGGCAGAGUGGCAAGUCCUCCCCUCCAAAGUGACGAAAGCAACAAACUGUCUAGAAGAAGUUGUGUUCAUGACGAGCCUCAGAAUCUCUGCUCCUGUUUUUUAGGUUUCUCUCCAUAACGUACUGUAAGACUGAUGUUGGAAUUUUUAUGUGAGACAUAUGAAAUGUAUUUUGUAUGGAAAAGUUGUAGAUGAGUAAAUGAAACUUUUAAAAAUGUAGACCUCUUACUGAGUAUUG